UGUUUCGUGUGUAUUCCGUGUAAGUUGUUAUUUUUUUCUGUAUAACAGAUGAUGUAAUACCUUAGAUCCAAUUUUGUUAUAUAUAUUUGCUUAAAUAAGGUAAAGUGAUGGAUAAGUAGCAAAAAUUCUGCUGUCUAUAAACCCCGUAUAAUUCGUAGUGUUUGGAUCGUGGGUUAGAUACUUUAUUUUUAAAUGUCGAAUUUUUUUGCUGCAAGUCAAAAUCCGAAUUCUUCCGAGUUUCGUGAAUCUCCAUGUGAUAGAAAUUUGAGUAUGGAUCAAGUAUCAGAUGCAGCAAAUCAAUCAUGUAAUGCUAGUGAUUCUGGUUGCCCGUCGAUAUCUGAAGACUGCCAAAAAAGUUUUAAUCAUAUUUCUUUAAUGGAGACCUACUCAUCAGAAGGAUGUCAUUCUGUAGAGCAACACAUAUCCAAUGAGAAUCAAAAUAAUUUCGAGUAUCGUGAAUCAGCUUGUGCUAAUCUGAGUUUGGAUUCUGUUUCUGACGUUCCCAGCCAACCUUGUGUAGAAAGUGAUUCUGGUAACAAAUCGAUGCCUUCCGAUGAUUGUUAUAAUAGGAAUGAAUUUAGUCAUGUUUGCCCGGUAUGUAAAGAUAAUUUCACUGAUAAAUCUUUAUUAGAAGCUCAUAUAUGUCAUAUGGUAGAACAAAUAUUACCUGAUAGAAAUGAUGUAAGUGUCAAUGAAAGUGAAGUGUUAGGAGACAAUUCUGCUAUGUCUACUCCAUUAAAAGGUGUCAAUUGUGAAAAAUGUAGAACAUAUUUCAUUGAAGAGGUAGAUUAUGCAAAACAUUCCUGUCCUGUUAUUACAAAUGGUGAAACAUAUUUAUGUGAAAUAUGCGAUAAGUAUAUCCAACUGAAGUACUUAAAUGCACAUAAUCUCCUUCAUGGGAUAAAGCCUUAUGUGUGCAAAUUGUGUAAUAAAAGUUUCACGUCCAAAUAUGAUCUUAAUGUACAUUGUUAUAUUCAUACUGCCCAAAAACCACAUGUUUGUGAAAUGUGCGGUAAAGGUUUUGUUGCUAAGCGUCAUCUGGAAGCCCAUGUUGUCAUUCAUGCUGGAGGUAAGCCUUAUGUCUGUAAAGUCUGUAAUAAAGGUUUUGCAACAAAGCAUUAUCUUAAAAUGCAUUGUCAUACCCAUAAAUCAGUCACACCUUAUGUUUGUAAGAUAUGCAACAUAAGUUUUGUGUCAAAAUAUUCCCUUAACUCGCAUUGUCAAAUUCACACUGGACAAAAGCCUUAUAUAUGUGAAGUGUGUAGUAAAGGAUUUAUGACAUCAAGUCAGCUUAUUGUGCAUAUUCGUAGUCAUACAAAUGAAAGACCAUAUGUUUGUGAAUUGUGCAAUAAAGGCUACAAGACGAAAAAGAAUCUUACUGUGCAUUAUCGUGUUCAUACUGGAGAAAAACCGUAUGUAUGUGAGGUAUGUAGUAAAGCAUGUCGAUCAAAAGAUGAUCUUAAAAUGCAUGGUCUUAUUCAUACUGGUGAAAAACCCUUUGUGUGUGAGAUUUGUAAUAAGAGUUUUAUGAUAAAACAUAAGCUCAAUGUUCACCUUCUCAUGCACACUGGAGAAAAACGAUUUGAAUGUGAAGUCUGUAAUAAGGCUUUCGUGGCAAAACGUAAUUUUAAUCUCCACUUGCAUAUUCAUAAUACAGAAAAGCAUCAUGUGUGUGAGAUAUGUAAUAAAGCUUUUAGAACAAAACGUGGUCUGAAGGAACAUAAUAUCGUCCACACUAAAGAAAGGCCUUAUGUUUGUGAGUUGUGCAACAGAGGUUUCACUAAGAAAUCGUAUCUCACUGCACAUUAUGAUAUUCAUGCCAAGAAAAAGUAUAAUUGUGAUUUUUGUAAUGAAAAUUUUGGUACUAAAGAGGAUCUUAUUAGGCAUAAAAGUAUCCAUACAGGAAAAAAACUUUAUUUAUGUGAAGUGUGUCAGAAAUGUUGUAGCUCAUUAGGUCAUCUUAAGGAGCACACAUUUACUCAUACUGGUGAAAAGCCUUAUGGAUGUGAUAUGUGUAAUAAACGUUUCACUCAUGAACGUUAUCUGAAGAGACAUAGAAUUACUCAUACUGAAGAGAAGCUCUUGAGUGAAAAUACGUAAUGAAGGUUUUAAUUUAUACAUUAUGAAAUUUUAUUUAUAUUGAAAUCAAAAUUUUAUGUGAAAGUAUGAUUAAUGGUUUUAAUUAUGAAAUUUACUUCUUUAGAUAUUUUUUUAUUGACACUAAUAUUUUAUGUGGAGGGUAUAUGUAUUUCCUUAGUUGAAAACAUGGCUAAUCUUUGGAAUAUGGGAACAGGUAGUUUGGCAACAUUUUGGUAAGGCGAUAAAGGUUACUAGCUAGAACUUUAGCAGUGUACAUGUAUAAAGUCAAGAGUGUGUGCAGUGCCA